AUGCGUAUCCUCAUCACAGGCUCCAGCGAUGGCCUCGGCCUCCUGACCGCAAAACUCCUCGCCAAAAACUCCCACCAAGUCACACUCCACGCCCGCAACGCCUCGCGCGCCUCGGACGCCCUCUCCGCCUGCCCCUCGGCCCACAACUGCCUCACCGGCGACCUCAGCACCAUCGCCGGCAUCAAAGCUUUCGCAGCAGAAGCAAACAAACACGGCCCUUACGAUGCCGUAAUGCACAACGCAGGACUCUACCUCGGUCCCUUCCGCGCAACCGAAGACGGUCUACCUGCUUUGGUAGCAGUGAACACAGUGGCGCCUUACAUCCUUUCCUGUCUCAUGGACAAGCCUUCCCGCUUGAUUUACGUCUCCAGUGGUUUGCAUCAGAAUGGCAAUGCUGCACUCACCGACAUCACUUGGCAACAACGAGGAGAGGCACAAUGGGGAAACGGAGCACAAGGAUAUGCGGAUUCAAAAUUACACAAUAUCAUGUUUGGGUUCGCGUUCAAUCGCAAGUUUGGCAUCCCUACGGCUUCGGUGGAUCCGGGGUGGGUGAAGACGAAGAUGGGAGGGCCGAAUGCGAUGGAUGAUUUGGAUGCUGCGGUCGAGACGUUUGCGAUGGUGUGUACCGGGCAGAGUGAAGCUGGGAAGAAGGACGUCGGACAUUUCUAUCAGAUGAAGGAGAGGGCGUAUAGAGAAGAGGCUGAAGAUGUGGAGAGGCAGGAGAAGUUGUUGAAGAUACUUGAGGAGGUUACGGGUGUGAAGGUGCCUGAGUAG